UUAUACAUUAAUAUUUAAAUUUUUAUUAAUUUUAAUUGACCUCAAUUAAAGUUUUCUUUCUAAAUAAAUUUAACAUGUUGAGAAGGUAUAUUUUAUCCACUAACAAUAAAUUUGUCAAUUGUCGGCAUGUCUCACAAUCAAUGUUACAGUCUACAGUUGAUGAAAAAUCAGGCAUAGCUACUGUGACAAUGAAUAAGCCACCUGUUAAUAGUUUAAACCUUGAGUUUUUAGAUGCAAUUAAUACUCAGCUUAAUAAAUUACAAAAAGAUAAAAUCCGAGGAAUGAUAUUAACAUCAGGCUUACAGAAAGUGUUUUGUGCUGGAUUAGAUAUAACAGAGUUUUAUAAUCCAGAUUCUGAUAGAUUAGUUAAAUUUUGGACUGCGUUACAAGAUACAUGGCUUUCACUUUAUAUGGCUUCGUUUCCUACUGUAGCUGUCAUUAAUGUAAAGCAAUUGUAUAUUUAUUAAUUAAAAUAAUGCAAUUUAUAUUAACAA